AUGCAGUGGUUACCAUCUUCUGUUUCAAGAGAUUUAGUGUAUGGAGCAUUAAAUCAAUUACGUUAUCCUUGUUGCUUUAACAAUUUCGUCAAAAGGCUUGAAAAAGAAGAGAGCAAUUUGAUUAGAACGAGAGAUAGUGUCCAAAAAUCUGUUACGGAUGACAAGAAACAAGCGAAAACGCCCAGUGCAAUUGUGGACAAGUGGCUGGAAGAUGCUGUCAAUGAUGUAGACAAUGUGAAUAAGUUGCUGAAAGAGGCAAGAACACAAAAACAUUGUUGCUUUGGGCACUGUCCAAAUUGGAUUUGGCGAUACCAGGUUGGAAAAAAGUUAGCAAAUAAAACUAUAGACCUCAAAAAGUUCAUUGAAAAAGGAACAAAAUAUGUGCCAUUUAACAGCCCCGCACCGCUUCCUUUAAACACCCUUGAUAUGCUUUCAGAAAAAUGCGUAUAUUUUGAUAGUACACAAUCUGCAUACGAGAAACUACUGGAUGCAGUAAAAAAUAAUGAUGUUUCCAUGAUUGGGUUGUAUGGGAUGGGAGGUUGUGGUAAAACCACAUUAGCAAUGGAGGUUAGGAAAUUAGUAGAAGCAGAGCAUCUUUUUGAAAAAGUUCUUUUUGUACCUGUUUCUAGUUCAGUGGAAGUUCGGAGCAUUCAAGAAAAAAUAGCAAGUUCACUGCAAUUUAAAUUUCCAGAAACCGAAGAAAUGCAGAGAGCACAAAGAUUGUGUUCAAGAUUAACUCAAGAGGAACAUAUUUUUAUAAUUCUCGAUGAUGUGUGGGAAAACCUUGACUUUGGUCGUAUUGGGAUUCCUUCUUCUGAACACCAUAAAGGCUGCAAGAUUCUCAUUACGACUAGAUCAGAAGCAGUUUGUACUUUA